AUGCCGUAUAUCGCCCUUGUCUUGGCAACUCCCACCGAAGUAAAAACGACCUCAAAGGAGCGUACAUAUACGACGGCGGACCAUCCCUUGGAGCACAAAGCACUGCCUACGCUCUCAGAUCGGCCAGAGGUACAACUUACCGUGGUGGUGCCUAUGUACAACGAAGAGAUGAGAUUGAAGGCAAUGCUGGAUGAUACCACGCAGUGGUUGGAGAGUGUACGCGAAAAGGGAGAGUCUUUAUCGGCUAGCAGUGGUACUUGUGAUGAGACAGCCGCAUUGACCCAACCCCUGCUGACGUACGAGGUGCUGAUGGUAGAUGAUGGGUCGCGCGAUAAGACAUACGAUGUGGCCAUGGCGUAUGCAAAACAGUGUCAGCUUCGAAAUGGUGCAGAGAUUCGUGUAACGUGCCUACAUCAGAACCGAGGCAAAGGUGCUGCCGUGCGUCAUGGUGUAUUGCAUGCUCGAGGCUCUUUUAUUUUGUUUGCCGAUGCAGAUGGUGCUACGCGAUUCUCUGAUCUACGUAUGUUAGCAAAGGAGAUGGUGCGCGUGUGUACGCCAGCGGGACAUGGGAUUGUUGUGGGCUCUCGUGCUCAUUUGGUGACAAGUGAAGCGGUGGUAAAGCGCAGUUUUAUCCGGAACUUAUUAAUGCGAUGCUUCCACCUGGUUCUCUCCCUUCUGAUGCGCCCUCCUACGUUGGACAGUGUAUGGCACCAAGCUGUACCGCAAGGCGCAAAAAUCACAAGGCUGCCACGACAGCCGGAAAUUAAAGAUACACAAUGUGGCUUCAAGCUAUUUUCACGGCCUACAGCUGCUCUUAUAUUCCCGUUAGCGCACAUUGACCGCUGGAUCUUUGACGUGGAGCUUCUCCUGCUGGCGGAGAUGGCCUGCAGAGUGAGUGAGGCAGCACAUGUGCUACGGCCAGAAGCGCAGCGUGGCGAUGGUGAUACCCUACUGCGUCUCCCUCUCCCCGUGUCGGAAGUCUCUGUGCAUUGGACAGAAAUUGAUGGCAGCAAGAUCAACCUAUUGACCGACUCAUUGCGUAUGGGCCGCGAUUUGAUCGUGAUUCGUAUGAACUACUGGCUACGGCGUUGGCAAAGCCCACCCAGUAUCUAUGCAUGUGAGUAG